AUGCACUAUGAAUACGAAGCUGUUAGUCGCCAAUUUGAUGACCUUUUCCAUGAGCACAACUCCUUGACAACAGAAGAAAAUGCUGUUCCUGCCGAGAUAAAUGCAACUAACAUGGCUUAUUCGAGUACAGCUGCUGCUACAGACGUACUGAAAGAAGACUGUAACAGCAAAACUGAGCAGCAGAUCCCUAGAAAGAGAACUUCCAAGAAAGAUCGACACAGUAAAAUCAACACUGCUCAUGGCCCAAGAGACCGAAGAAUGAGACUGUCCCUUGAUGUCGCCCGGAAAUUUUUUGGCUUGCAAGACAUGUUAGGAUAUGACAAGGCGAGUAAAACCGUGGAUUGGCUUCUCAAGAACUCAAGGUCUGCCAUUAGAGAGCUGAUGCACGGUCCUUGUAUUUAUAAACAAACCUGCAGUGUAUCCUCUACUUCUGAAUGCGAAGUCGUGUCAGGAAUCAAUGAUCAAUCGGCUACUUAUGAAUACAAGUCUACAAUCAUCAGCCAAAAAAGCGAGCUAGACAAACCUUCUUGUACAAAAGAGAAGAAGAAGAGUAAAGUAGCGCGUACGAUUGUUGCAAAGGAAUCAAGAAGAAAGGCUAGAGAGAGGGCAAGAGCAAGGGCAGCUGAAAAAAGAAGCCUUCGUGAAAGUGAACCAAAAACUGUGAAUAAUCAUAGUUCGAUCCGGUUAAAGAUUUGUCCAUUUGAAACUGGUGAAGAAUCAGGCACCAGAAGUUCAAACAUGAACCCUUCAUAUGAAAUGCUGGCUAAGGUUGAAGAGUUGAGCUCUCAUGGAGCACAAAUCUUAGGGGCUAGAGAUGAAGACAAUUGGAACACAUCUACAACCUUCAAUUAUCAGCACAGUGCUGCCGCUGCAAAUCCCGGCAACCAACCUCAAUCCACAGACUUCCUGUUUUGUACGAAACCAUGGGCCUACAGCAGUUUUAAUCUAUCUGGAUAA